AUGUUAAAUAGGCCACCGUCAGCUACCCCAGCUCUUGAGCCCUGGGCCGGGGAAGCCAGGCCGCCGGACGGUUUUGGAAGGAGGGCAAGAGACCGUAGCCAAGAUCCGGGGCUCGCUGCAAGCCUGGCGCUUCCUGGUAUCCGGGCUCGCUGCGGGGCUGCGGCCACCCUAGGCAACCGAUGGGCGAACAGACGGAACUGCUCCGGGGAAGCCGGCCGGGACCCGGGGCCGGGGAGCCCGCGCGCCGCUGUGCGGCUGCCGCCUGGGAGCCGGAGCGCCGCGCUCUACGUGCACUGGCCCUAUUGUGAAAAGCGCUGCAGCUAUUGUAACUUUAACAAGUAUAUUCCCAGAGGGCUAAAUGAGGAUGCUAUUCGGAGAUGCCUUACUCGGGAGGCAACUACACUACUGAAACUUAGCGGGGUGCAAAGGAUCCACUCUGUAUUCUUCGGUGGGGGUACACCGAGCCUGGCCAGCCCUCACACGGUGGCCUCAGUCCUGGAGGCUAUCGCCCAGACUACCUACUUGCCAGCCAAGGCUGAAGUUACCCUAGAAGCCAACCCUACCUCAUCCAAGGCAUCGAAGCUAGCUGCCUUCCGAGGGGCAGGUAUCAACAGACUAUCCAUUGGCAUUCAGUCUUUAGAUAACACAGAACUCCAGCUGUUGGGCAGGACACAUUCAGUGUCAGAAGCCUUGGGGACCUUGGAAGAGGCCCGGCGUCUGUAUCCAGGGCGCACAUCUGUGGAUCUCAUGUUUGGCCUCCCGGGGCAGAAGGUGGAACAGUGGCUCCAGCAGCUGCAGGAGCUGCUUUCUCUCUGUGAUGACCACAUCUCUCUCUACCAGCUGACCCUGGAGAGGGGCACUCUGCUCUUUGCCCAGGUCCAGCGAGGCACCCUGCCAUCCCCGGACCCAGAAGAUGCCGCUGAGAUGUACCAGGAAGGGCGGGCGGUCCUGAAGGAGGCCGGCUUCCGCCAGUAUGAGGUUUCCAACUUUGCCAGAAAUGAAGCUCUCAGCACCCAUAACUGGACCUACUGGCAAGGUGGUCAGUACAUAGGUGUUGGCCCUGGGGCCCAUGGGCGAUUUGUGCCUCAGGGGGAGGGAGGGAGCCACCGAGAAGCUCGAAUCCAGACCUUGGAGCCUGACAACUGGAUGAAGGAAGUUUCAAUGUUUGGCCAUGGCACCCGGAAGCGAGUCUCCCUGAGUGAGCUGGAGCUAUUGGAGGAGGUUUUGGCACUGGGGUUACGUACAGACACAGGAAUCACUCAUCAGCACUGGCUGCAGUUUGAGCCCCACUGGUCCCUGUGGGAUGCGUUUGGGGAGUCCGAGGAAGUGAGGGAGCUUCAGUCACGAGGCCUGUUGCUGCUGGACCACAGAGGGCUUCGGUGUUCCUGGGAAGGGUUAGCUGUGCUGGAUACUCUACUGCCCAUACUCCUCCUUCAGCUCCAGAAGGCAAGGGAAAACAGGCCUCCUCCCACCUCCAAGGUCAUCGAGCUGCCUCCCAAAGAGGAGAUUCAUGCUUCAAGUAUAGCUCAGACUUGGUGACCUCGGAGGGGAAAGAGAUGUGGACCAGAAUCUUUUUACCAGCGUGACCCCAACUCUAGAAAUACAAUUCUCUCAGGAUGGCGAUCCAAGUCUCCCAGGAAUUCUCCACCUAAUGUCUCUUCAUAAGCUAAGAAUUAAACUAAGUUCUCUAAA